GUUUGUCAAGUUGACAAAUAUAUAACCUCAAAAUUUUUCAUCUUACCGCUAAAGAUACAAAUUUUUAAAACUUAAUAAUAAUGCCACGCAAAAAAAUUGGAGCAAGCGUAGUAUUAUUCGACGCAAAUUCAUCCUCAUCAUUCAAAGAACGUGCCAUCGACUGCUAUAGAAAGAUAUGCGAAAGAAUGCACUUUACAGAUGAUGAGAACAUAACAAAACUUUUCUUAACUAACGUUGAAGGUAAAAAACAUGCAACCAAUUACGUUCCAUACAACGCCUGUAACAGGAUACACCUGCAAUCAGCAAAAGGAGUUUUGGGUGAUUGGUUAUCCGACUUAGAAGAUGUCGUUGAUAACUUGCACUAUGUAUUUGAAAAGAAAGAAAACACACGAUUCCAAGUACUCGUUCUUAGCGAUCUAACUACUCCAUCAAAAUUGCCAAAAGAAGAAAUCAAUGAAAAAAUUGAAAAGAUUGUGGAGACUUUAAAAGAGUAUGAGGGAUACAUUUAUUUUCUUGGAGUUAAUCUACAACCUGAAAAGUUAUUAAAUAACACAGUUGAUGUUUACAAAUGGGUCCAACUUAUAUUAAAAGACACAGUAGAUCUUUAUAACACUCAAGGUGAAAAUACAGAUCAUGAAAAUAUUAAUUAUUCUAUAGCAGCGCGAAUUACAAAAGAUGCUAUGGGAAUUAUGUGUGAUUUUGAUAUUGGAACUGAUUUAUUUUUAUCAUAUGUGGAAGGUGAAAAAGCAAUGACUUCUUUCAUUGUACCAUUAACUUUUAAUGAUGAAUUGGAGCUUCCUACCAGAGUUACAAAGUUCAUGGAUCCCACUUCCUCUGAUACUCCAAGAAUAGAUAACUUACGUAUAAACGAGAAAUUUGUUCUUCUAGAAGAGCAAGACGUAGAAGUACCAAGAGAAGAUACACAACCAGCAAUGAUAAUCCAUGAAAAAUUAAUCACCUUCCCUAAAGAUGUAUCCAAAGGCCUCCAAGAUUACGAGAGAUUUUUUAAACUUUUAGGUUUUACCGAUUCAAAAAAUGUUCCAUCUCAUUACAUGAUCAACGAAUCAGCAGAUAUCUUAACAAGCAACGACGCUGAUAUCGAAAUUGGAGUUAUUAAUCAUCUUGUAGAAGCAUGUAUAAAACAUGAUAAGUAUGGCAUAGCUGUUAGAGCUUAUAUGAAAAACACAAUGCCAAAAUUGUAUUGUUUAAUUCCAAAACAAAAUCCCCCUCAUUUUUUAAUGGUUGAAAUACCGUAUGCAGAAGAUUUUGUCCUCCCUUACAAUGAAGAUGAUGUUAAAAAAUUUAAAGUUGAAAGUCAUUCAACUAAAGAAGUUUUUGGGUAUUUGGAUAGUAUUAAUUUGGAUGAUAAAAUCAAAAUUCAUCCCAACUUGAGGUUAAGUGAUACUAAAAAACGUUUGGCUGAAAUGAAUCAAGAUUUACGAGAGGGGAAUCCAAUCAAACAAACUCCUUUAGUACCUUUUGAUAUUGAAUUUAAAAGUGAACAAGAUUUACUUUCUACUUUAGAAAAAAAAUAUGAUGUUAAGGAGGAAGAACUUGAAGAUUUAUGGUAGUUAAAAUUAUUAUUAUGCUUUAUUAAUGUUAAAUAUAAUAGCAUAUGAUAAUUUGA